CAGUUUAACACCGCCUCCUUGCGUUGACGUGCCAUCCUGCUAGUUGAUAAACUGGCUAGCUAAUUUGGACAAAAGUCAAACAUUUGCAGCUAAGGCGGGGACCAGAAGCAUAGCAACGAUGUUGGUCCCCAUAUUCACUCUGAAGCUCAACCACAAGAUAAACCCUCGUAUGGUGACUGUAGGGAAAUUUGAUGGAGUCCACCCAUGCCUUACUGCAGCCACACAGGCUGGAAAGGUUUUUAUUCACAACCCUCAUGCUCGUGGUCAGAGACCUGCGACCCACCGACUGAGCCAGAGCACCCAGGACUCAGACAUCUCUCUGCUAAACAUCAACCAGGCGGUUACUUGUCUGACGGCAGGUACACUGGGAGCAAACACUACUGGGGACACACUGUUAGUGGGGUCCCAGACCAACCUGCUGGCCUAUGAUGUCCAUGACAAUGCUGAUAUAUUCUACAGAGAGGUGUCAGAUGGGGCCAAUGCUAUAGUGUUGGGGAAACUUGGGGACAUCCCGAAUCCUCUUGCCAUCAUUGGAGGGAACUGUGCCUUACAAGGCUUUGACUCUGAGGGCAACGACCACUUCUGGACAGUAACAGGAGAUAAUGUCAGAUCUUUAGUGCUCUGUGACUUCACUGGGGACGGGAAAAAUGAGCUCCUGGUAGGAUCUGAAGACUUCGACAUCAGGGUAUUCAAAGAGGAUGAGCUUGUGUCUGAGAUAACUGAAAAUGAGACGGUAACAUCACUGUGCCAUAUGAACGGCAGCAGGUUUGGAUACGCCCUAGCUAAUGGCACUGUGGGAGUCUAUGACCGCACCGCACGAUACUGGAGGAUCAAGUCUAAAAAUCAUGCGAUGAGCAUCCAUGCCUUUGACCUGAAUGCUGAUGGUGUUGUGGAGCUCAUCACUGGCUGGUCCAAUGGAAAGAUUGAUGCUCGCAGUGACCGCACAGGUGAGGUCAUUUUCAAAGACAACUUCUCCUCUUCUGUGGCCGGAGUGGUGGAGGGAGACUACAGGUUGGAUGGACAGAAACAGCUCAUCUGCACCUCCAUAGAGGGCGAAGUCCGGGGUUACCUGCCAGCCAGUAAGGAUCUCAAAGGAAACCUCAUGGACUCCAGUGCUGAACAGGACCUCAUCAGAGAGCUCAGCCAUCACAAACAGAAUCUGCUGCUGGAGCUACGUAACUAUGAAGAGAAUGCCAAAGGCGUGUCGGAGACAAACAGUGGCAUGGGUGUGAUUCCUGCCAACACUCAGCUCCAGACAGCACUGUCAGUGAGACCUGCAACAGAGGCCCAGAAGGCUCAUGUAGAGCUCAGCAUCUCCACACCAAAUGAAACCAUUAUCCGCGCAGUGCUCAUCUUCGCAGAGGGAAUAUUUGAAGGUGAGAGCCAUGUCGUCCACCCCAGCGCCCAGAACCUGUCGGGCUGUGUCCGAGUCCCCAUCGUCCCCCCAAAAGACAUACCAGUAGAUCUGCACAUCAAAACCUUCGUUGGUGGGAAAACUAGCACCCAGUUCCAUGUGUUUGAAAUCAAUCGUCAGCUCCCUCGUUUCUCCAUGUAUGACAUCGCGGUUGACUCCUCAGCUGCUGAGCCCACUGGAAGGGUCACUUUCAGUAUCAACGACCGGCCACAGCGGGUGGUGAUGUGGUUAAAUCAGAACUUCUUGCUUCCAGAGGGAGUAGACAGUCCUGAAGUCACUUUUAAUUCACUAAGAGGAGGGGGACUGUUGUCCAUCAGCAUGGCCAGCAAUGGACAGAUCACCCUGAGAACCGAUGAUAUUGACCUGGCAGGAGAUCUGGUCCAAUCACUGGCCUCCUUCCUGGCAAUAGAAGACCUGUCAGCAGAGGCAGAUUUCCCCAGCUACUUUGAGGAGCUGCACACCACACUCACAGAGGUGGAUGAGUUCCACUCCGUCCAUCAGAAGUUAACUGCAGCGAUGGCCGACCACUCUAACUACAUUAGGAACAUGCUGGUGCAAGCUGAGGAUUCUCGCCUUAUGGGUGACAUGAUGAAUAUGAAGAAGCGCUACAGAGAGCUGUACGAUCUAAACAGGGAUCUUAUCAACGAGUAUAAGAUUCGCUCUAAUAACCACAAUGCCCUGCUAGCCUGCCUCAAGUCUGUUAACCAGGCUAUACAGCGGGCUGGUAGACUGCGAGUGGGUAAGCCCAAGAACCAAGUGAUCUCCGCCUGUAGAGACGCCAUCAAGAGCAAUAACGUCAACGCCCUCUUCAGGAUCAUGAGAGCCGGCACCGCAUCCUCCUGAGGGUGAAGGGAGGAAGGCAGGAAAGGACAAGUAGAUUGAAAAAGAAAAAGAGAGAGAGAUGUUCAAAAGCACAACCGGUCAAGCACUGUAAAGCAUCUGCUUCCAGCACGGCACCAGCAAAGGACCUUUCACCAGAACGAUGAGCCUGAGAGGACAAGACACUAUAAGAUUGUGGCAAUUGGGACACUGUUAUAGCCUUAAUCUAUCUUCUUUUUUUUCACGAUUUAGGAAUAAGCAACUGCCCAACAGCAACAUUUGACAUCAGCUCCAUAAUGAAUUAAAACUUGAAAUUCUGCUAGCUCACAGAAUUAAACAUGCCAACCGCUGGCUUAGUAUACUGGUGACCAUCCAUCUCAGUCAACUCCUGUGGCUGUCUGGAAGAGCUUGAUGUAGUGUAGUUACAGUUUAGUUACAUAAUAGUUCAAUUAUGUACACGACGAGUCAGCAGGUGUAAGAGAUAGAGCUGUUUAGACGGUUCAGCUGGGGAAAAAAUCAAUUUGGAACAUACAAAACUUUGCUCACACACUGUACUGUUUUGCCAGCGUCAUUAGAUAUGAGUUAUGAAAGAAUUAUGCCUGAUGUAAGUGUACAGAUGUACUAGAGGUGUUCCAGGUGACGUUGCACAUUUGUCUAAGAAACGCUCGUUUCCUUGAAGACACGAGCGUUUGGCGAGCGUGACUGUUUAAUUCAGCUGACACAGUGAUGUUUAGAGAGAGCGCAGCUGGAGCGAGACGGGAGAGCAGCCUCCUCCCACCUUAGAGCCCAGACAGAGAGGGUGAGCCAUGCCAUCGAAAUCACUGGUGGCCAGGAUAAGUCUGGUAUGACAGCUCGCUCAGACUCAGGUCUCCGCUCCCAGCUGUUGUGUGUUCAUGUGGUGUUUGUAGCCAAAGAAAACUACUCUACAAUGAGUGAAUGUCACACAGGACCAACGCUUUGUGUUGACCUUUUUUUGUAGAUUGCACACAGAGGAUGUAAAUGUAACUUUGUGUUGGUGGCAGAAACUAUUAUUAAAUUAACUUAUGU